AUGACUGAACAAAACGAAACACAAACACCAAUUCCAACACAAAGUGAAACCAAAACUGACACCCGUUCCGCCACACUAUAUAUAAACAAUUUAACUCAAGCAUUCAAACCAUCAAAACUCAAAGCACAUUUGACAAAACUAUUUAGUCCGUUUGGUGUAGUAUUAACAGUUCAAGUUCGAAAAGCUCGAGCUAUGAGAGGUCAAGCCUUCGUAGUUUACAAUUCGAUGGAUGCGGCCGAACACGCGUUUUUGUCUCUUCAAGACAAUUCACUUUUUGGCCGGCCGAUGCACAUCGCGUAUGCCAAAACGGAAUCUGACGCCUUUGUCGCAUCAACCGGCCGCAAAAUCUCGCGUGUCAAAAAACCGAAAAGUGCAGAACUCAAAAUUUCUGCUCAAAACGAAAGUGCACCAAAUCAAGUUAAUGUCGGAACGAGUGCGGUCGAUGGUGUCGGGAAAGUUCAACGAGAUUUGACAAAUGACACAAAUCCUCAGAACGAGCAGACAAGGGUUCAACCAAAAAUUGAAAAACCGAUGAUUAACAAAAUACUUUUCAUUGAAAAUGUUCCAAAAAAUUAUGGAAAAGAUGAACUUAUAGCUUUAUAUACUAAAUACUCUGGUUUUUCUGAAGUCCGUUAUAUCAAAGUCAGGGGCAGUGGUGUUGCUUUCAUCGAGUUUAGAGACGAACAAUCGUCAGAAAUCGCUCUGAACGAAACAAACGGAAAAGACGGGUUAGUUUUACAGUACGCUAAAAAGUAA